GCAAAACUCCCGGUGAAAGCUUCCGUCUUCUUCCUCUCACUGUAAAUAAAAUGAUAAAUAAUUUCAAGCGAGAUCGAUGAAUCCGCUUCCGCCGGUAAAAACCAGAAAUACUCCACCAUUCAUUCACUCGACCUGCAAUCAUUUUCUACCACGUUUUUCAGCUCAAAGUUGUCUCCUUUUUUUAGAUUUUAUCUUCUGAUCCAUCCAUUCCUUUUCAAUCCCAGCUCUUAGAUUCUCAUCAUUUCCUUCAUCAUAUCAGCUCGAUAUAAAAAGAAAGAUCUUAUUUUUAUCUGGUUUCAUUCCCUUCUCAUGCGAUUUCGGGUCCGUAGAUUUUUAGGGUGGACGGGAAUUUCAUUGUUCCCCCAAAUUCUGAGCUCGCGAUUUCUUAUGGAGCAGAGAUCGCAAAUGAUGAAAGCCAUUUGCUGAAUUUUAUAGGGUUAUGCGGAUCUUAAAGAAGUAACUGAGGAAAAUGGCAGAAAGGCAUGCGCAAUCAUCUGCAUGCAAGAAACCCCUCUUUCUUCUAUUUUUUAUCGCAACUUUAGUUUUUGGUUUAUCCUGGUUCUUCCUUCUGGGUUCCACCGGUGGUCCUCGUUUGAUCGAGCAGACUGUUCUUCCUUAUUCGAAGAUUCUCUCCACUUCUGAGAAUCAUGGAGAAAUUCCCAAUAUGAAGGAAUAUGAGCAACCAUUAGUGCAAGAAGAAAGCUUCUUUCAUGACAGUACUGGUCCUCUAGAACACGAAUCGGAUCAAUGCGAUCCAUCUAACACGGUUUUGAAGGUUUUUAUGUAUGAUUUACCUCCAGAGUUUCAUUUCGGCCUCUUAGAUUGGAAACAGGAGACGAAUUCUGUUUGGCCUGAUGUAACAGGAAAGAUCCCCGAUUACCCUGGCGGUCUGAAUCUGCAACACAGCAUAGAGUAUUGGCUAACCCUAGAUCUCCUAUCCUCCACAAUCCCCGGCGGCCGAUCGGGGCCGUGCACCGCCGUUAGGGUUUCAAAUUCCCGACAGGCUGAUGUAGUAUUCGUCCCAUUCUUCUCUUCCUUGAGCUAUAAUCGCCAUUCUAAGCCAAAUCCGCCGGAAAAAACCAGCACGAACAAGCUCUUACAAUCAAAAUUGGUGACUUUUUUAACUUCUCAGGAGGAGUGGAAGAGAUCUGGGGGCAGGGAUCAUGUGAUUUUGGCUCAUCAUCCGAACAGUAUGUUGGAUGCAAGAUUGAAGCUUUGGCCUUGUAUGUUUGUUCUUUCGGAUUUUGGGAGGUAUCCACCUAAUGUGGCUAAUGUGGAGAAAGAUGUGAUUGCGCCUUAUAAACAUGUUGCUCGGUCUUUUGUGAAUGAUUCUGGUGGAUUUGAUGAUAGGCCAAUUUUGCUGUAUUUCAAAGGGGCGAUUUAUAGGAAAGCUGGCGGAAUUAUUCGACAAGAACUAUUUUACCUCCUCAAAGACGAAAAAGACGUUGAAUUUUCGUUCGGAACAAUCCAAAAGAAUGGCAUCAGCCAAGCCACCAAGGGGAUGCGCUCAUCCAAGUUCUGUCUCAACAUCGCCGGCGACACCCCCUCCUCCAAUCGCCUCUUCGAUGCCAUUGCCAGCCACUGCAUCCCCGUCAUCAUCAGCGACGAUAUUGAGCUCCCUUACGAAGAUGUAAUUGACUACUCGAAAUUCUGCGUCUUCGUUCGCGCCGCGGAUUCAGUCAAAAGGCUGCUGAAUCUGAUCAAAGGGAUAACAAAGGAGGAAUGGACCCAAAUGUGGGAAAAGCUCAAAGAGGUGGAGGGAUAUUUUGAGUAUCAGUUUCCAUCUCAGAAGAAUGAUGCUGUUCAGAUGAUUUGGCAGGCAAUUUCCAGGAAGGUCCCUGCUGUAAAAUUGAAAUUACAUAGAUUUUGGCGGUUUUCUCGGUUCAGACUGAGAUGAGUCUUCUUACUUUUCUUUUUGGUUCACAUUCUUUGAAUAUUUAUAUAAAUAUAAUUUUUUUUUAAUUUAU